AUGCCGUUAGACUCUAACAACGUUUUUCAGUUUAAUCAACCACCUAAGCUUCAACAACGAGUAUCAUCCACGAUAUCUCCACGUGUUUUAUCUCCUCCUCUACCUCAAAAGCCUAUAACAUCGGCAACAAAGACGUUGUCUCGUGCUCGUACAAUAUCCGGUGCCGAAUUGGAAGAAACGGAUACACUAAACGAACUCAUUAAACCACCAGGUGCGGGUAACAAUUCAACAAUGAUACCCGACCAUAGACGAAGUAGUGAUGUUAAAAAAAUAAAUUUACAUGAUAAAUUUUCGCAUUUAACUGAAGACCGACGAAACUCAACACCAACGUUACAUCUACCAGUAUUCCCCCAUAUGUUCAGAAAAAAACAUAAACAACAAAAAGAAACGGACAAUUUAUAUGAUACAAUGCCACAGUCAGACAAAUAUGAAUCAGAAAUAAAUCGACGUCAAACUGUAAGUGCAUUUAGUGAUCAACGAGUUGACCCAACCAAACGUAAGGUAUGA